AUGAAAAAUGGAUCAGGGAAUACGAACACGAAGCUAAUCCUUGUUCAUCCUUGCAUCCAAAAACAAACAAGCACGACUCGUUUAUGGCUUCUUGCUUUUGUCUCUUUCUUAACCAUCGUUUUUCUCCUCACUCUCCUCUACACUAGAGACACUAUCCCUUCCAAAAAUACCUCCGUUGCUGCCGCCGUAGCCGCCGUCGUCACNGGAGGAUCAUCAUCNCCGACGAUGAUCUCUCACCCCAACUCCAANCUACCAACAAGUGNCAUCAACGCAUUGCUUCACUACGCUUCAAGAUCCAACGACAGUUUCCACAUGUCAUACGGAGAGAUGAAAUCAAUCUCCGACUUCCUCCGACGUUGCGCUCCGCCAUGUAAUCUCCUCGUCUUCGGACUCACACACGAAACCCUCCUUUGGAAAUCGCUAAACCACAAGGGCCGCACGGUCUUCGUCGAGGAGAACCGAUACUACGCGGCUUACUACGAAGAAAUCCACCCGGAGAUAGACGUUUUCGACGUUCAAUACACGACCAAAGCUCAAGAAGCCAGAGAGCUCGUUGCGGCCGCGAAAGAAGCGGCUGGAAACGAGUGUCGUCCAGUGCAGAAUCUCCUCUUCUCCGAUUGCAAAUUAGGUUUACGAUCUUGA